AACAAUUAUUUUUUACCAUUUCAAAGAAAACACAAAAGCGAAGACGAAGACUACAGGCAUAUGUAGAGAGAAGAAGCAUAGACUUUUUCGAUAAAGCUACGUUUGCCCAGAACCCCAAAGCGUGUUGUAUUUUCUUGUUUCGCAUUUAUAGGUACUUUUCGAUUUGCUCCUUGUUAACCUUUGAAGAAAGAGUAUUCAAUCAAAUACCAAUGAGUGAAAACCUGGUUUUGUGUGCUGAGCGUCUCAUAACACCUGAAAGUUUGCAGUCAAUGCAAGAAACGAAGGAGCCAGGAUCUUCUGGGGGCUCUUCAUCUUCUCAUAAUGCUAAUGACUCCGCUUGUGUAAUUGAUGUUGAAGGGGUGGAGGAACAUGGUGUACCUGGAGAAGAAGAACCACUUAUUCAAACAAUGGAAUGCCGCAUUUGUCAAGAGGAGGAUUGCAUUAAUAAUUUGGAGGCCCCUUGUGCUUGUAGUGGCAGCUUGAAGUAUGCCCACAGGAAAUGUGUUCAACGAUGGUGUAAUGAAAAAGGAGAUAUAACUUGUGAGAUAUGUCAUCAGCCUUACCAACCUGGUUAUACUGCCCCACCGCCGCCUCCUCCAUUAGAAGAGACAGCAAUUGAUAUCAGUGAUGGUUGGACUAUUGCUGGAUCUCCUUUGGAUUUGCAUGAUCCGCGAAUUUUGGCUAUGGCAGCAGCAGAACGUCAUUUUUUGGAGGCCGAGUAUGAUGAGUAUGCUGAUUCAAGUGCUAGUGGAGCGGCAUUUUGUCGCUCUGCGGCUCUAAUUUUAAUGGCCCUUCUACUCUUAAGGCAUGCGAUGUCACUUACUGGAGAUGGUGAUGAAGAUGCUUCUACAUUUUUUUCUCUUUUCCUGAUACGGGCCGCUGGUUUUCUUCUCCCAUGUUACAUCAUGGCCUGGGCCAUCAGUAUAUUGCAGCAACGACGGCAAAGACAGGAAGCGGCAGCACUUGCAGCUUCAGAGGUUGCAUUCAUGCUGCAAGCUGGGCAACGACGGAACUUGCAAGUCACCAUAGCACCUGGACCUGCAGUAACUCCCCAGCAAGCUGCAACUCCACAACAAGAACCACUUCAAUGAUGAAUUCAUUACAGACACGUGAAUGAUUGUCUUGGCCAUGAUUGAUUCAUCUCUAAUUUUUUUUUUUUUUCAAUUCCAGCUUGCAAAUUUUAUUUUAGUCUUUUGACAUGUGUAUGUACAUAAAUCCUUGAUCACAGCCUUACCGGUGCUGCUUUAGAAACUUACAUGUGGUAGAGCUCUCGUUUGAAGAGUGAAAAUAUUCUCCGAAUUUAGUUGUAACUUUUGGCAUGAUUGGUCAUGCAUGCAUAAAAAUAUAUUUGUUUAUGUCCAUGUGAA